GGCUAAUUUUCAUCAAUUCUUUAUACAAAAAAAUAAUAAAAUUAAAAGUAUUCAAUAUUAUUAUUAUUAUGAGUUUGGAAACAAAAACAGUAGUGUGUGUAACAGGAGCUUCUGGUUUCAUAGCUUCAUGGCUAGUCAAAUUAUUGCUAAAUCAUGGUUAUACUGUGAAGGCUUCUGUUCGUGAUCCAAAUGAUCAAGAAAAGAUAGAUCACUUGACGUGUCUUGAUGGAGCCAAGGAGAGACUUCACUUGUUCAAAGCAAGCCUGCUGGAACAAGGUUCCUUUGAUGCUGUUGUUGAUGGCUGUGAAGGUGUAUUUCAUACAGCAUCUCCUUGUUACUUUGAAGCUAAAGAUCCACAGGCGGAACUGAUUGAUCCUGCAGUGAAGGGGACACUUAAUGUUCUAGGAUCAGUCGCGAAGACACCAACUGUUAGAAGAGUGGUUUUGACAUCAUCUAUUGCAGCAGUUUCUUUCAACGGCAAGCCAAGAACGCCUGAAGCGGUGAUUGAUGAGACAUGGUGGUCAGAUCCUGACUAUUGCAGAAAAAAACAGCUCUGGUAUAUACUUUCGAAGACAUUGGCUGAGGACGCUGUGUGGAAGUUUGUGAAAGAGAAAGCUUUCGAUAUGGUUACAAUAAAUCCAGCAAUGGUUAUAGGCAGUUUUUUACAACCAACACUGAAUACAACUUGUGAUGCCAUCUUACAAUUGCUAAAAGGUUCUGAAACAUAUCCAAAUACUACAUCUGGAUGGGUUAAUGUGAAAGAUGUUGCCCUCGCGCAUAUUCUAGCAUUCGAAAAUCCUUCAGCUAAUGGUAGAUAUAUAAUGGUUGAGUCAGUUGCACAUUACUCUGAGUUAGUACAGAUAUUACGCGAGCUUUACCCUACAAUGAAGCUCCCAGAAAGUUGUGUUGUUGAUAAGCCAUUUCCGCCAAAGUAUCAGGUUAACAUCGAAAAAACCAGAACAUUGGGUGUUGAGUUCACUCCUUUGGCUUUAAGCAUCAAAGAAACUGCUGAAAGUUUGAAAGAGAAGAAAUUUUAUUGAGGUGCAUAGCAAGUAGAGAGCAUACUUCUUCUGUACCUUAAUGUUCACCAUAGCUUGGAUAGAUCGAUAUAAUACGAGCUUUUGUUACAUAUCGAUAUAAACGUGUCAUGGAUGUAGUAGAAAUAGCUUGCGUCCCUUGUAUCGACGAUUAUCGUGGUCUAUUAGAGCUACUUUGAAGCCAUGUUAUCUUUUGAAUUUGGAAGUCUAAUGUGUUUGUUAUAAUAUUUAGCAACUUACUAUUAAAAUGUGCAUUUGGUCUGUUGUUUAUGUUUGUGCAAGAA